AUGAGUUCUGUAGCGGGACUAACUGUUAGUCCCUCCAGAUGCUACUUUCAAGUUCCCUUCGGCAUUCCUGCUUCUCAGUGCCGGAGAGUUUCCAUCCUCUCUCCUGGUGCUUGGAAGCCCGCAGGGAACAAUGUGCCCCUUCGUGUCGAAAUGAGUUAUUGGGCUGGCGUUACUCAAAGGUUGAACGUGAGGAGAGCUCAUGUGAUCAAGUGUGCCAUGGAUGCUUCCUUUGGUGAUAUGCCAGAUAAAAAACCUGCUGCUAUCUUUCCUAGGAUUAAUGUGACGGACCCAUACAAACGGCUUGGGAUAAGCAGGGAGGCUUCUGAUGCUGAAAUUCAGAGUGCAAGGAACUUCCUUGUCCAACAAUAUCAAGGUCACGAACCAAGUGUAGAAGCAAUUGAAUCAGCGCAUACCACAAUAAUCUACCAGCAGCUUUAUGCUAGGAAGAACCCGAGGAUUGACUAUAAGAAAAAGUUCAAGGCAGUCAGUCAGUCCCGUGUUGUGCAGGCUGUGAGAAGUAGGUUCCGCACUCCUGCCAUAAAGUUCAUCGUAAAAACUUCCAUUGCUUUUCUAGUGCUCGCAGCCCUCACUUUUCUAUUCCCAACGGAAGAAGGUCCAACCCUGCAAGUGGCCAUUUCUUUGUUGGCCACCAUAUAUUUCAUACAUGAAAGAUUGCAGAGUAAAUGGCGAGCUUUUCUCUAUAGUGUUGGAGCGUUUGUUUUUUCAUGGCUACUGGGAACCUUCUUGAUGGUAGCUGUGAUUCCACCGAUACCUUUCAUUAAAGGACUAAGGAGUUUUGAGGUGAUAACUUCACUCAUAACUUAUGUGCUACUCUGGGUCGCAUCUACUUAUCUGAAGUAGUAGCUGCUUUCGUUAUGAUAAACCUCAAUUUUGUUGGAAUUUUAAAUCACAUAAUGUCUUGGAGAUUUAGUUUAUGCAGAGUUCAUUUUAGUGACACUGCUGCUUCUGGGUCUUGUCUUAGUGAGCUUCCUAGUUUAGGGAGAAUGUGUUCUUUUUAGGAGAAAAGGUGUAAAAUUAUAUGGAAGACAAGACCGAUCUAAUCAAUUUUCAUUUUCUAA